AUGUCGUUGGAGCUCAAUUUUCUGUUCGGGUAUAAGUCGGAAACCAUUAUGUUUUCAGUUUCAUCAGAGUCAUCCAUGGUUGAUAUUUUGAAGACUUUGUGUCUAAGGUUUAAGGAAACGGAUAGCGAUUUGGACAUGAUGAGGACAUUUUUGUUUGCAUCAAAUGAGAAGAGUGUUGAUAUUUUAGUGAAGGAUUUAUGCAGGAGUAGUGAAUAUAGUGGUGAUUUUUGUGUAAAUAAGGAGUUGAUAGCAUGUGAAAAGGGCGAGUCGUCGUGUUCUAGUAUUGUCAAAGACAUAAAUGAAUUUUUGGGCAGGUCGAAGAGAGCAAGUGCUAAGCCUUUGUUGUCGAAUGAGUGGAAGACGUACAUACAUCAUGUAGGGCAGAAGUUUGACGGUGGUGCAGAGGAGUUCCGUUUGAAAUUGUGCAAGUACGCUCUUGAAGUAGGAUUUAAUUUUUUAUAUGCCGGCAAUGACAAGAAGCGGGUGGUUGCUAUUUGUUCGAAUAAGAAAUUGGAGGGUUGUAGCUGGCGUGUUUAUGCCUCUCGUUGUGAAGCUACUGGCUGUUUUCUGAAGCCAGUUGAGAUUAUACACGAGUUCAAAGAUUAUUAUGGUAUAGACAUUUCAUACUACCAUGCAUGGUUUGGCAAAGAGUUAGCUAAAUUGAACGUUCACGGUGAUGAGUCGAAGUCCUUCAACGAGUUAGUGUGGUAUGCGGACGCCGUAAACGAAACUAACCCUGGUUCUCUCUACACUCUUGAAUGUGAAGCUGGAAUUAAUCGCAUUAGACGGUUUUUUGUGUCGUUUGGCAGUUGCAUUGCUGGAUUUCAAUAUUGCAUACCCUUGUUGUUCAUUGAUGCUACGUUUUUUAAGAGCAAGUACAAGGGGCAGCUUCUUUGUGCUUCCGGAAAGAAUGGAAAUCAAGGGUUUUAUCCUCUAGCUUUUGGAGUUGUUGAUUCUAAGACAGAGGAGAAUUUGACUUGGUUUCUUCAACAUUUGGCUUCUAUUUUGCUACCGAUGGGGAGAUUGGUGACCUUUUUCUCGGAUCGCAAUCAAGGUUUGUUAAAUGCAAUGAGGUUUGUGUUUCCUGGAUGGCCUCAUUCUUAUUGUUACUAUCACCUCAAACAUAAUUUGAUAUCGAAGUACCCGAAGUCAGGUUAUGGGAAAUUGCUCCAAGACCGUGUUAUCAAUUUAUUUAGUAGAUGCGCAUAUGCUAUUACAGAGGAAGAGUUUACGGUAGCAAUGGAGGAGUUGGUGAUUGUUGGGAGUUCAAAAGUGAAGAAAUUUAUAUCUGAUUUGUCUAGAGAUCACUAUGCCAACGCAUAUUUCAAAGGAAUGCGGUAUGGGGAGAUGGCAAACAGUUUAUCGGAGUCAUUUAAUAAUUAG